AAAAUACCGGGGUCUCUAUGAAAACCUUAACUAUGUUCAGGGCGAGUGCCAGGGAUAAGAACUUGGUAGAACAGGAAGCCACCUACUAUGGUAUCAUUAGACAAAUUCUUAAAUUAAACUACUUCAGCUUCAAGAUAACAUUGUUCUACUGUGAUUGGGUGCAUAUCGAAGAUACUUCAAAUGGAUGUUAUGUAGAUCCUGAAACAAAUCUGAUAUUUGUAAACCUAGGGAGGUUUAGAAGGAAUAUCAAGGAAGAGGAUAAGCCAUUUAUCCAUGCAUCUCAGGUGGCUCAGGUCUUCUAUUGCAAGGAUCCGACAAGAGAUGACUGGCAUGUUGUCUUAGAUGUUCCGAAGCGACUGACAAAAGAUGCAUAUGCAUUUGAGGAUCCACUAGUGUUUGACGCCAGGUUGAUUGUAGGUUCCUCGAGCCCUUCCUUAAUAGAUGAUCCGUAUGACCCAACUAGUGAAGAUAUACAAGAAGGGUCAUAUGUAGAAAUUGUUGAAUGUAACUCACGUAUUCCGAAGCGGAAAAGAAACUGAUCAAGUUUCAUAUCAGAAAUUAUGUUGUAUGUAGGGCCUUCUAGUUCUGCCCCACUAAGCACCACAAGGAUAAAAGUUUCAAUCAGUCCAAUUGGAGAGAUUACUGGAGUUAAUAAAAAUCAAUUCACCUCAUUUCUAGGAAAUGUGGUCAGGACUUAUUGUUCAAUUGCAUACAAAAACUGGCAGCUUGUGCCAGAUACCAUCAAGGAUAAUGUUUGGUCAACUGUUUUGGCUAAAUAUGAUGUUGACGAUAGUGACAACUAUAAAAGUGCCAUAAUUAAGCGUGCUAAUGAUAUAUGGAAGGACUGGAAGAACCGAUUACGAGGAAGUGUCCUGCAUAUGUAUGAUAAUGAUAGAGACAGAAAGAAAAAUUGCCCAAAUGGUGUCAAGCUAGAAGAUUGGGUCAAAUUCGUUGAUUACGAAUCUACAGAGGAGGCGAAGUCUCGUCGUGAAAAGGGAAAGAAAUCCAGAAGAGAGAUGAAGUUCCCUCACACGACUGGUUGACGGGAGUCUGGUAGGACGGCAGAGUUGAUUCAACAAAAAAAUCCAGAUACUCAAAUCACGAGAACUGAAUUGUUUCUAGCAACUCAUACUAGAUCCGAUGGGUCCCUCCCUUCACAAGAGCUGAGCAUCACAACGGAAAAAAUAAAAGAAAUAGUUGCCAAUGACCCGGCUUGUAUGCAUAAUGAUUUAAAUCACGACCCGGUUGCACAGGUUUGUGGUCUUGAUAAAAGAAGGCGUGUAAGAGGGUUGGGUCAUAUUCCAAAAACUACCAUUAUUGCUUCAACCCCUUACAUUAAUGAAAUUAGAGAAGGAAAGGGUGAAAUUGUUAAGGUUAAAGCAUCGAUGAUUAUAUUAAAAGAGCAACUGGAAAACAAGUUCAACGAGUGCAAGAACAUGAUAUUGAACAUUGGAGAACGUUUGGUUGAAGUUCAGAAUCAAAUAAGUACUCUAGUUCAACCAAUGCAAUGCUCUCCUGGCACUGCUUGUUCUCAGGGGUUUUAUCGAUUUGGCGAUACCUCAAGUCAUCGUGAUGAGUCAGCUCCACCUCCACUUCUACGGGUAGAACAAAUCUUUCAUUUGACAGAUAUUUGUAGUCGAGUUGUUGCACAUGGGCGUCUGAUUAGAGAUAAUGCAGGCAUCCCUCCAGAUUGCAUCAAAGUUAUAUUGGAUGUUGUUGAAGUUCCCAGUGCGAAUGUGUUUGGUGAAAUUGAGAAGACGUUAGCCAAUUGCGAUGUGGGUGAUGUUCUCGUUUGGCCUAGGUGCUGACGAAAACAUAGAUAUUAAAGGAGUUUACUUAAAACUUUUCCUAAGUCAAGAACAUAUUUUUGUAAUUUGGUCAGGACAUAUGGAUUGUGUUUGAGGUUAUUUUGGAUAUUAUUUGACUAAAUCUUUAUCUUGAAUUAUUUAGUA